GGCAUCUCUCUCCUUCAUCACCGGGCGUUGUCAUUGCGUUUCUUUGUUUGGCUUAUCGUUAACAACCAUAAGAAUACACACCAUUCCUUUAUGUAAUGAGCGGUGAUAUUGAUAAAUCGCUUCUGGCCAGGUUACAGGCCCUCCGUGGCGGACCAGCAGCACAGCCGACACCUGCCGCCAGCACCCCAAUUAAAUAUGAUACAAUAGAGAGAAAGAAGACUCCAAGCCGAGAAGAUAAUCUCGCUGCGCGGUUGAAACAACUACGCGAUGGCAAUGGUGGCUCAUCACCAACCCCGCCUCGACAACCAAAGGAAGCGGCAGUAUCAGAACAAAAUGAAACGGCGCAGAGCAAAACCCGCUCGGUGGACCCGGAUUCUCUCUUCCAGACAAACGAUAAUACGCUUGAAGAGUUACUAGCCGAUGAGCAUCUUGAACCGGUAUCAGCCGCUAAGGAUCCAGCCGAUGACGAGGUGAAGAAGCUUUUAGAGCAAUUAGCUAACGACGUACCAAAAGGAGGUGCGGAUGAUGAAAAGGUUCACGGGGACGAUAGUGAUGAUUCUGAUGGCGAAGCGAUGAAUAAUGAAGUUGAUGAUGUUAUUGCAAGGUAUCGAGAUGAGUUAGAGGUUGAAAGGAGUCUCCUAGAGGAGGAAGAAGAUGAAGACCCAAAAGCGUCUGAUGAGGAAGAUGGCGGACAGGAGACUUAUACAAGCAGCAACAUGGAAUUCCCAUCCAUACCGUCGGAACUCGGAGGUAAUGAUUUCAAUGCUAGUCCCUCCAGCGACCUCAACGAUUUGCAGGCUCGAAUGGCGUCUCUUCGUUCAUCUAGUGUAGGAGCUACGGACGAUGGCCUCGACUUGCCCUCAGUACCUAGUUCUCGUCCAUCAGGCAAACCAUUGAAGCGACUGGAGACACGGACGAAUUACACAGAUGAUGAUGUUGACAGCUGGUGUACAGUAUGUCUUGAAGACGCUACACUUCGUUGUAAAGGAUGCGAUGAUAAUGUAUACUGCACAAGAUGCUGGAAAGAUAUGCAUCUGGGCCCUUCGGCAGCGUUUGAUGACCGCAGCCACAAAGCCGUUCAGUUCACCAAGGACAGAAAGAAGAAGGAAAAGAAGAUUGUUAUAGGAGCAUCUUAGAGCUAAACAAAUGUAUCAAUACGUUGUAUUUAAACAGCUAAUUUCUGCUGGCAGCUUCCAUACUGCUUCCGUCGUCGUGUACAGGCAGAUAUCUUACAUUGGAUACAGUGAGAAAAUAAAUAGCAAAAGCGCCGCCAUCCCGAAAUCCAAACCAAACCCAAAACCAAAGGUAGGAAUAAGAAACAAAAAAAUACAAAAUACAAAAUACAACCGGAUGCAAUAACCUAGUUGUUAUUGGUACCAUAGCUGGUUCUCGCAUCGCCACGGAUAUCGCCCCAGGAUGCCUCGAAGCGCCGGCCCGUCGCAGCAAGUAAGGAUUCCUCCUCAUCUUCCUCAGCGUCUUCAUCGAGCUCUGCCAUGUUGACCUUUGGGGUGCGGAAUAUAGCCGUCACAAAGACAAUCAAGAAAAUGAACAAAAAUACAAACUGUCCCCAAAAAUCGACAACGCCAAAGAAUGGCCAGGUAAUGGUAAUGCGGUUCAAAAAGGUGGACAUGACGGAUGGUGUACAAACGUCUGAUGUAAUUUUGUCGUUCAGAGCCUCUGAGCAGAGUCGAACCAUGUCAAGAUGGCCUCUGCAGUCGGGUUGGGCUCCCUCAUAUUCCGGCUUUCUUGUACAGAAUGUUUGUGUGCCGUACAGGGAAUACUGCGGCGCAAUGAAGGUGACGAGUACGUAGUUGAUUGCCAAGGUUAUAAGGCCAAGCAUAACAGUUGCAAUAAGCAGGGCCUGCGGAGCCGUUCUGCCCUUGCGAAUCUGGAAAAUUCGCACCCAGAGAAAGCGCACGCCGAUGGAAGCGAUGCCAGACACCGAACAGCUGAAGAGAUAGAGCGUCAACAGAGCCAUCAGGACAUAAUCGACGGGGAAGAUGUUUGCGGUUUUCACAAAGAUCCAGUUCAUGGGCUGGAACAAGUUGACAUGCCCGAUGAUGUAGCCGCAUCGUUCUUUGCAGAUGGAGUUUUUCGCCUUGUCAAUGCCAGUAAUGAGCAUAGAUGCCCAGACGAGAACAGACACGGCGAUUAACAAGAGUCCACCAAUCAUCUUGAUGGGGCGUAACAGUGUUCCAACCUUGAGCCAGGCUUGGUAGAGCUUGCUUUUACCUUCGCCACUAGCCUCAGCGGCCAGACGCUCGCGCCUGACCAACGUUUGCUCCUCUCGAACUAGGGCACUGAGUUCUCGUCGGUCUUUUCGCGACAUGCCUUCCUGACGGCCAGCAUUGCGCAUCUCCAGUUGUCGUUGGCGCUCGCGGUUUUGCUCCAGCUGAGAUGCUGUGGUUGCAGAUAGUUGAGGAGCUGAAAUCUUAGGAGCACCCUUGAUGAAUGAAAUCGGCACGAGUGCAAGCCCGACGCUCGUGUACAGAAUAUACAUGAUGGUGCCCAGCGUCACGAGAAGACCAAGUGCAAAAGUCAGGGCCUUUUCUCCAUGGUUUUGAGCAAGGAGCUUUCUGUAGUAAUCGAGGUCGAGAUGGCUAUUUGCUCGAUCGCCAGCCGCUGGGGCGAAGAAGCCGACGAGGAACAGAAGAACUACCAGGGCUAAGAAAAACGAUGUAUACUUCGCAGAAGCCCAGAAUCGGCUCACCCAGGUACGCCCCUCUUCCUCAAAUUCAAUCUCAUCGUAUUCCUCGUACCAAAAGUAGGCAAAUGGAAUCAACAGCAAGCAUAGCAGCGCAUCGAAGCUGUAGAGGACGUAGUAUAUGAUGCGCAAUCCGAGCAGAAUCGAUUCGAUGCGUUCUGGGGUAGCCCAGGUUUUCUUUGCACCAAGCUCCGUAGAGCCGGUAGACGAAACAAGAGCGAUAUCGACGGGUAAGAGGAGAGCGGUGGCGAGGAGCGAGGUCAGACUGAUGAUGGCAACGGAGCUCACCACAGCAGAGCGCUCGCGCGAAGUCUGCCAAGUGAAAGUUGUGAUGAUGGCGGCAGCCAGACACAAAGCAACUGCCGCUGCAUACGCAAUCCAGAUGAGACUGGUUUGAAUAUGGCCGGCGUCGGCCAUGAUGGGCAAAGACGUCAGCCGCGUAGGUUGUGGGAAUAACGUGUAUGUUUCGAUUCGUGGGGUGUCGUAUGGAGAAAGUUUGUCGCAGAGCGGGUGACUAUGGGGAAGGUGAGAUGUUAAAGGUUAAUCCCUCCCAAGGGCGUGUGUGGUGGGAAUGCUUCGUGACGCAAUCGAGGGAGAGCUUCAGAGUUAGCGUCCAAGUUUUGGGUUGUAU